AUGGCGACGCCCAGCGAGGUGGAGGAAGAGGCUACGGUUUACCUAGUCGUGACGGGCAUCCCCUCCGCAUUACGAUCGGCUCAACUACGGAGCUACUUCAGCCAGUUCCGAGAGCAGCGCGGCGCGGGCUUCCUCUGCUUCCACUACCGGCACCGGCCCGAGGGGGCCCCUGCCCAGGCCUCUGAGGCGGGCCUCCCUUCCAGCGACCCCGCCGCCGAGAGCCAGGACCUCGCCCAGACCACGGCCGCCGCUCCGCGCGCGCGCUCCGCGCGGAACUCUGCCCGCGGCCAGACCCGCACCUGCUGCUGCGUCAUCUCUGUACGGGGACUGGCCCUGGCCCGGAAGCUUGUUCGCAUGUACUCAGGCCGCCGGUGGCUAGAUUCUCAAGGGACUUGGCUUCCUGGACGCUGUCACAUCCACAGACUUAGGCUACCCACUGAGGCAUCAGGUUUGGACUCCUUUCCCUUUAAAUCCAGGAAGGAACUGCAGAGUCGGAAAGCUGAGAAUGAAGCCUUCUCUCUCACUGACCUUAGACAACUCCCGGAGCUGAACCCACCAGUGCUGAUGCCCAAUGGGAAUGUGGGGACUCCCUUGAGGGUCUUUUUAGAAUUGAUUCGGGCCUGCCGCCUACCACCACGAAUUAUCACCCAGCUGCAGCUCCAGUUCCCCAAGACAGGCUCUUCCCGGCGAUAUGGCAAUGUGCCCUUCACGUAUGAGGAAUCUGAGACAGUGGAACAGGAAGAGCAUGUGUACACAGCAGAGGGCGAGGAAAUACCCCAGGGGACCUGCUUGAUAGAUGCACCAGCUAGUGUCAGUGAAGAGACUGCGGAUGAAGGAGAAAGAGAGGAGAAAGAAGAGUCUCACUCAGAUGAUGAUGAUGACCGGGGUGAGGAGUGGGAGCGGCACGAAGCACUGCAUGAUGACGUGACCAGGCAGGAGCGGACCACCGAGCGGCUCUUUGAAGAGGAGAUUGAGCUUAAGUGGGAGAAGGGAGGCUCUGGCCUGGUGUUCUACACUGAUGCCCAGUUCUGGCAAGAGGAAGAAGGAGACUUUGAUGAGCAGACAGCUGAUGACUGGGAUGUGGAUAUGAGCAUAUACUACGACAGAGAUGGUGGAGACAAGGAUGCUCGAGACUCUGUGCAAAUGCGUUUAGAACAGAGACUUCGUGAUGGUCAGGAAGAUGGGUCUUUGACCAGCGGCCAGGUGGGCACCUUUGAACGCCACACCAAGGGCAUUGGCCGGAGGGUGAUGGAGCGCCAAGGCUGGGCUGAGGGUCAGGGCCUGGGCAGCACAUGUUCUGGGGUGCCUGAGGCUCUGGAUGGUGAUGGCCAGCACCCUAGAUGCAAGCGUGGACUAGGAUACCAUGGAGAGAAGCUCCAACCAUUUGGGCAACUGAAGAGGUCUCGUGGAACUGGUUUGGGACUCAUUUCCACCAUCUAUGAUGAGCCUCUACCCCAGGACCAGAAGGAGUCGCUGCUGCGCCGCCAGCCACCCACCAGCAUGAAGUUUCGGACAGACAUGGCCUUUGUGAGGGGUUCCAGUUGUGCCUCGGACAGCCCCUGGGAGCCUGAGUGAGAGUUGAGGGCUUCCUUGGUUAGGACCUUUGGUAGUUGAAGCGUGGGGCCCUUUACCUGGGCCUUCACUUUCAAUGAAGCACAAAGGAUUCUGGAAGCAGCAAUCUGUGCCACUGAAACUUGGUGCUCAGUUCUCUACCUCAAGGACAUUAAAAAAGCAAAAACAACCCCCAAAAGUUGUCUCUCCUCUUGGAGAUAAGGGUUUGUUUAAUGGCUGCUC